AUGGGGGUUGAGACACGGCGGUCAGCGGCCUCCAAAGGCAACGCCGCGGCCGCGAUGCCCGCCGAAGUGGAGUUCGACAACAUCAUCAACUUCCGCGACGCCGGCAAGACGGUCAACGAGUUCCUGGGCAAGAAGCUCGUGCGGGAGGGCCAGCUGUUCCGCUCCGCGCGGCCAGACGACGCCACGCUGGACGACCGGCAGCGGCUGCAGGAGCACUACGGCAUCCAGUCGAUCAUGGACCUGCGCACGAAGACGGAGCACCUCAACAAGGCGAAGAAGCGCGAUGCCGACCUCAAGAUCCCCGCGCUGCUGCAGUCCAACGCCGCGCUGGCCGAGCCGCUGCAGAUGCCGGGCAUGAACUACCUCGAGAUCAAGCUCACGGGGCGGAGUUUCGAGAAGUUCCUUAUGAGCCAGCUGUCGUGGCUGAGCUUCUUCAAGUUCCUCUUUUUGUUCAUCUGUGGGUACCGCAUGCAAGCCAUCGCCAUCAUGGGGAGAGAGGUGAUGCUGCCUCGGGGUCUGGUCGGGCUCGGUCUAGCCACCAUUGACCAAUCUGGGUUAGAAAUCAAAGAGGCGCUGAGCUCGCUUCUUGCGCCGACUGGACUGCCCAUACUCGUGCAUUGCACGCAGGGCAAGGACCGGACGGGGAUUAUCAUCACUCUUGUCCUGAUGAUUCUCGGCGUCCCGGCGAAGGCCAUCAGCCACGACUACAGCCUCUCUGAUUCUGGCCUAGCAGCUGAAAAAGAGGCGCGGCUGGAAGAAAUCCGUGAGAUUGGCUUGACGGAUGACUGGGGCGACACGGCACCGGGCUUCGUGGAGGGCAUUGAGAAGCAUCUCAAGACCACGUAUGGAGGGCUAGAUAAUUACCUGGACGGUAUCGGCUUCGUCGAGUCUCAGCGUGAGAAAUUGAGGGAACUACUACUAUAUUGA